AUGUCAUUGCCGAGUUGGUUCCAUGUGUGUGUCUAUCGUACAUAUCUCGUCCACGAGGCAGCAGCAGCAUCCAAUCCAAAAAGAAGAUCAAACUCGAAUCUUCCAUUGAAUCAUCAUCCUCUACUAACACCAAUAACACCUCUUCUUGAUAGCGAUAGAAAUAGAAUAAUAAUAGUAAUAAUGUCUCAACCAAACCCAUUCUUUGAAUGGAUCCUUUCCGAUGAAUCAGAGAUCCCUCUUCCUGAUCGUCAGGGAAUAGUAGACUCUCUUGACUCACAAAAGGUGAGAAGUACACCAGCUGCCAACCAACUUGAUGAUAAUCAAUGGGAGAGAUUGAUACCAAUUUUGGGGAACAUGGGUCUAAACGAAUUGACUUGUGGAUACUCAACAGGAGCAACAAGAGGAGGUAGAUUUGUUGGCUCACACACCCCAAUUCGAUAUGAAGAGCAUCAACUCGAGCAGCAACACCAGCAACCCAACAAGAAGAGCAACAACAACUCGAGGAACAAAGAUCCCUCUUAA